GGACCUGGCUCCUCCUCCCCUCCCUCCUCUCCCCGGGGCUGGUUGCUGAUUCAUCCUAAUAUGUUGGCAGGAAGGUGAAGAGAUUUUAUUGCCUGUGCACCUGCUCACAACUGAUUUCACUCAAGAGUAAGGCUGUGCUGAAAGAAAAAUGGAUCACAGGCUGGUCACUCUUGGACUCUUGCUCUUCUUUCAAGGCCUCCCGUGGUUGACUCUCCAAGACGCAACAUUUAGUCUUGAGAGCAAUGACGUUGCUUUUAAUAUGAGUGACCUUCUCAGAAGUGACACUGAACAGAGGUUGGACAAGCAAAGCAACGCAUCCAGUGUGGAAACAAGCGCCGAUGAUUCCAGCGGAGCAGCUUCAGGAUCUUUGGCCACAUUUGAAGCUAACAACAACCAGACUGAAGAGACAACAUGGGAGGAGGUCAACACCACUGUUACACAUCGACCCCUGAUAACAACUGCAGCAAGGGAAUUAAACAAUUCCAAAUCGGAUCAGGUUGAUUUGACGCAGGGUGAAGCCUUAAACUCAUCGGUGGUGAAUCAAAACUCAACAGAGUCGAGUCAAAACUCGACCGAGAUGAGUCAAAACGCAACUUUGUCACCUGGAAAUUCAUCCGCCCAUUUGGAUUUUGACAACUCAACAGGCCCUCUAGAUGUGUCUAACGCUACUCAGACGCUCCCAACUUCAGCUCCAGAAGUCAACGUCACCAAAUCAGUUCUGCCUAAACCAGAAAACACAACAGAGCUACCCAAGAACACAAGCCUCAACGAUCCGGCUGUGGAAACCACAGCAGCCCCUGCGACCACCAGGGCCAUGACCCCAGGGUUAUUCACGACUGCGUCUGCAGUUCAAACUACAGCAGGCAUUCUGAAGUCCUCAGUCGCUCAGAAAGCAUCAAACCUGACGGACAAGAAUGCAGCAGCAGGGAGCAGCUCCGAAAGAGGUUUGGAUUCAAAGGGUAAGCGGCAGGGUGCCUGGGGGGCUCUGCUGGGGAUAGGGGUGGCAGUGGCUCUGGUUGGAUUUGUGGCGUACGUCAUUCUGAAAAAGAGGCAUCAGACUGGUUUCACCCACAGGAAGCUGGUGGAGGAGUUUCCCUCAGAUCCAGUCCUCAGAUUGGACAACAACGAGCCUUUGGACUUGAACUUUGGAGGUGGAGCUUACUACAACCCCGGACUGCAGGGAGACCACAUCCAAAUGUCCAACUUCCCUCAACGCAAAAGAAACUAAAACUGCUCCCACAGCAUUUUUACCCGCACGAUCAAGAGACUUUUCUUUGCACCAUGCUAUUUAACAGUCGGUGUUAUGGACCUGUGUAUAUAGGACUGUGAAUGUUGAAUAUUGAGGAUGGUGAAAUCCUAAAAAUGUCUGCGCUUAGCAAUCGAUGGCAUUUAAAUGAGAAGAGGUUUUUACUGAGCACAUUCAUAGCGUGAAAACAAACGUGAUGACUGAGGGCAAUCUAUUUGAAGAGCACUACCCAGCCAAGAAGAAUGAUGUCUGUUGCCAAAACGAAUCAAAUUUAACUCCAACCUUCUCUCAUUUAAUUGAAGAACAACCUUGCAAUUACCUUUGGAUUAUUUUAGCUGUACAUCUUACGUCUUUCUAAAAACGAAACAUGGAUGUCAGAGGUUGCGUUUACCGCGAGGAUGAUCCACUGCUGUUUAAAUAGUCUAUUUCUUUUUCAGAGGGAGGCUGUGUAUAAGAGUUUGGAAUCCUUGGUUAGAAAAAGGUCAUAAGCAUCGUGAAUGUCACAUGUAGAAUAAAGUGUUUUAUAGUCAUAGUGGGCUCAGUGCUGUUUACCUGUUGCACCCUGAGAACAAAAUAGUCUAUGCAGUAUUUUUAAUGCAUUUCUUUAAUUUAACAUAAAUUUAACAUUAAAAAUAAAUAAAAUAAAAAAAUCUGGGUCGUUUGAGUGUAGAUUUUCAAACAUAUGCCUAUAUAUAUAUAUAUAUAUAUAUAUAUAUAUAUAUAUAUGUCAUUUAACAAGAUAUGUAUUUGAAGCGUCUUGUUUUUCCUACUUGUCUCUGUGACCUGUCGGAAUACUUGCUUCCAGCACACUAGCACUGUAUAUGCCUGGAAUUAA